AUGAAUAAGUUUUUGCUUGUGACUACGUCAGCGAUGAUGCUACUGGCUUUACUUUUUACCAAAGAUAACCAGUUCGCAUGCCAAGGCACUGGAAUCGCCAAGCCUUACCUUCAGGAAGAUGUUGAGGUAGUGAACAUGGACGACAUUGUAAACCUUGGAUACAAAGCCCUGUACAGUCGAAAUCCAGGAGCGGCAGGCUACUACCGGAGCGGAGCAGACCAAGAAGUGACGCUGGCCGAAAACUUGAAAGCCUUCAGAAAGCUACGCCUCCGGCCGAGGAUGCUUUGCGGUGUCAGUCACCGAGACCAGAGCGUGAUUGUGCUGCGUGACCAGCUGCUCCAAGUUCCGGUCGGCAUCGCCCCGUCCGCGAUGCAGAAGCUCGCUCACCCCCAGGGCGAGAAAGCCAUGGCCAGAGCGGCCGAAAAAGCUGGUUCCGUGAUGAUCCUCAGCACCCUGAGUACUACUUCGCUGGAGGAAGUGCGCCAAGCAGCGCCCAAAGCGAACCUGUGGCUUCAGCUGUACGUCUUCAAGGACCGUCAAAUCACGAGGCAGCUUGUGCGGCGCGCCGAGAAGGCCGGUUACAACGCUCUCGUGCUCACGGUGGACGUGCCUAGAUUUGGGCACAGGGUGAGCGACAUCAGAAACCAUUUCAGCCUCCCGAAGCAUCUGAGAUUGGGAAACUUCAAGAAUGUAGACCUGCAGUCCUUCAACUCUUCCAACUUUGGCUCGGGACUUGAAGGAUACGCUAACUCUCUCUUCGAUUCGUCAUUGACCUGGCGUGACUUGCAAUAUCUAAAGAGCAUUACUAGUUUGCCUGUUGUUGUGAAGGGCGUCAUGACUGCUGAAGAUGCCUUACUGGCUAAAGCGUCUGGAGCAUCCGCAAUAUUCGUUUCCAAUCACGGCGGCCGGCAACUGGACGGAGUAGCUGCAACGAUUGAAGUCUUACCGGAGGUAGUCGCUGCCGUUGGUAAACACAUGGACGUAUAUCUAGACGGUGGUGUGAUGUACGGCACCGAUGUCAUCAAGGCACUCGCUAUAGGAGCCAAGGCUGUGUUCGUGGGACGGCCCGCCCUCUGGAGUCUGUCGUACAAGGGCCAAAAAGGCGUUACAAAAAUGUUCGAAAUAUUCAAGGAAGAAAUCGAUCGGACACUGGCGCUUAUAGGUUGUCGGUCAACGAGCAAACUCGACCCUUCCAUGGUUGUACGGCGAGAGCUCUACAACAACCUAUGGUGGUACAGAAAAUGAAUGUUUUAUUUCACUGUACGCACAAGUAACCUCGCAAAUAAAAACCAGAAGU